AAAAGGUCCGACGGGUCAAAGUCUCCCUUUCCGGUGCACAGGAAAGCUUUCGUCUUCCCACUGCCAUAUCCUUGCUCACCCAGCUAUUGUCAAGCACCGGAUUGAUUGACACCCCGCAGAAUGAUAUAAGGGACGCGUCCGAUGAACCUUCCGAGCGAGAGCAGAUGGAAGAAUUGUUCAACACCAAAUUAGAUGUUC